GGCAUCUACCAAAAAAAAAAAAAAGUAAAGCCCAACUUUUUGACGCGUCUCAGACACGCCUCUCUCGCCUAUAAAUUUAUUUGUGUAUAUAAAUAGGUACACUUUCAACCGGGGGCAGGAAGAGGUCAGUUGGCGUGGAUUUUGCAUUCGCUAGUUUUCUCGGGGCUCUGUCGAUCAAGAGAAAGAAGAAGAAAGAAGAUAUGGCUCUCCCAAAGGCUAAGGAGAUCGUGUCGGCCAAUCCUGUUGUCGUUUUCAGCAAGUCGUACUGUCCGUUCUGCGUCAACGUGAAGAAGCUGCUGGGUCAAGUUGGUGCCAACUUCAAGGCCGUCGAGCUGGAUGUCGAAAGUGAUGGAAGUGAGAUUCAGGCAGCUCUUGCUGAGUUGACUGGACAAAAGACUGUGCCCAAUGUCUUUAUUGGGGGCAAGCACAUUGGUGGUUGUGAUGCAACAACUGCACUGCACCAGAACGGCAAGCUUGUUCCUUUGCUAACUGAGGCCGGAGCUGUUGCUAGUGUGUCUGCUUAGAGGACCUUCAAGCAUACGUUGGAUGAAUUAUGGAUGUUUCUGAAGCCAUUAUACAUAAAUAAAGCAAUGUUUGUUAGUGUUUCGUUUCAUUUUUCUGUUUGAGAAUAAAUUAUGAAUAGAAGCUUCGCUGGAUUCCUGUACUAUAUUAUUAUUAUUGCGGAAGUCAACAAAAUAAACUAGUCUGACCAUCUUUUGCUGAA